GGAACAGGGCAUGUUCAUUGUACAGGCUGUUUCUGAAAGAAUACCGCGGCGGCUAUUAAAGGUGAAGUCUGAAAUACGUGAUUUACUUCAAAGUUGUUUAAUCAGUGAAAGACGACUUUUUUUGUGUGUGGCGAUUUAGUUUGAUAUGUGUUAACCGGUUGGAGCCGUAUUCUACGAAUGGUCGAAAAGUAACGGUUGAAACAAAAAAUCGACAUCACCGUUUUGUCGGUUGAGGAAUUUGUUCGUUAGCAUAGCUAGCUUUGAUAGCAAGCCACCUUGUGGUCCUGUCUUGGCAUUCUAGCCUGUAUUGUGGUAUGGAUUUAUUAUUUUAAAUUUUUUUAGCCAUAGAGAGUUUCUAGUUUGAUCAGGAAUCUCGUUAACGUGUACAUUUUUUUAAUUGUUGGUAGUUUUUCCGCAUUUGUUUUUAAUUUUGAGGGGAGAAAAAAAACAGCGUUCUAGUUCACGCUUGUCUGUAAAGAAGGGGACAUUUUAGGGAGGAGAAAAUAACGUUCUCAGUGGUUUUUAUUUUUAAUUAAAACAUCACCAAAAACACCAACAAUCAUGAACGGGUUCAGCACUGAAGAAGACAGCCACGACGGCCCCCCAGCGCCGCCGUUUUACGGUCAGACUUGUUGUUUGAUUGAGGACGGUGAGCGCUGCGGACGAUCAGCUGGAAACGCCUCCUUCAGCAAGCGGAUCCAAAAAAGCAUAUCGCAGAAAAAACUAAAGCUGGACAUCGACAAAAGCGUUCGACAUCUCUACAUAUGCGACUUCCAUAAAAACUUCAUCCAGAGUGUCCGUAACAAGAGGAAGAGGAAGACUAGUGACGACGGAGGGGAGUCUCCGGACCAUGACGUGGAAGUUCCAGAGGUGGACCUGUUCCAGCUUCAGGUGAACACGCUGAGACGCUACAAAAGGCACUACAAGCUGCAGACCAGACCUGGCUUGAACAAGGCCCAACUGGCUGAGACUGUCAGUCGUCACUUCCGGAAUAUCCCAGUGAACGAGAAGGAGACUCUGACCUAUUUUAUUUAUAUGGUGAAGAGCACCAAAAGCCGACUGGACCAGAAGUCGGAUGGUAGCAAACAGCUGGAGUAAAGGCCACCGAUUUAACUUCCCAUACCAAGACUUGGACAUGGACACGUGUGUUUGAUAACAAGGUGUUUUCUGACAGGCAGCCAAAACUGAUCUUAUGACAGUUGUUGAGACUCCGCAGGGUAAUGUAAUGCUGUAAUGUGAAUAUGCUGAUAUGUACAAAAUGCACAGAUUAUGAAGAAAUCAGCAAAAGGUAGAAUGCAAUGUAUGAUAACUGCCUUAAAAGAUGUUUGGGAUUUUGUUUGUUUGUUUUUUUGCGUCGACUGUUAAAAACUUUGAAGAAGAGGGGAAAAAUGGUUUGUGCCAAACCAGAGUGUGCAAACUUAAGAUAUCAAUAAACUGGACAGGGUGCAUUUUGUGAAUGAAAAGAUCAUUUAAAAAGGUUUUAGGAAGCGUUGUCCUGUUGUCCAGCUAGUACUCAUUCUGUUAUCCAGUGGUGUGACAUGCAUGUGAAGACUGAGGAAGUUGAAUGAUGUAGCAGUUUGGCAGACUCGUUCAUAUUUUAUUUUCUCUCACCGUGACUUUUCCCUCUCCUCUAUCUUCUACACUGAAACACACACAGACUGAAGUGAUGUUUCAGUUAAAAACAAGUUAUUUUCAAAUAUUGGUGUUGAUUUAGUUUUAUUUUUUUUAUGUCUGUUUUCUUUACCCACUACCUUUUUUGUGAGAAAUAUAACAGUACUUUAGUUCAUCCUUGAUUGUAAGAUUUCUAUGUAAAGUUGUGUUUCUGAAGGGACUAACUAUUUCAACAGUUGUUUAGUAUCUUGUCAUGAAUAUGCUUUCAGCAUUUGAGACUCAUUUUAAGCAAUUAAUUGAAGCUGUGUUCAUUAGAGUGGAAAAUGCCUUAUUACCACAAUAUGUUAUUUCCAAAUGUAGUUGUUCUACUAACACAGGCACAAUAUAGAAAGUCCUCAACUUUGAGAGCAGAGAACUAUAUUUGAACCACCUAAAUUGCUUUCACAGUGCACAAUGAGUACUGGCUGUACUUUCUGCUUUAGUGUUUACAAUAUGUUAGUUCUAUUCUAUUGGAAUGUAAUUCUGAGGAAUCAUGUCACCUCGGACUGUCAAGUCCAUUUCCUUUCCUGGCACAGCAUUGGAAUUAUGUGACUGUCUAGUGGAUCACAGUACCAAUUAUAGUCACUAGAGGAAGAUGGGAGUUUUUUUUUUUUUGCUUCCUCUGUGUCACUAAUUAUAAGUGUCUUCACUUCAACACCUCUGUAUGUACUGAUGGUUUGUUUGAGUCAGUGGUCUCUCCACAGAUGACGGUAUGGCAUUUUUAGUAUUGAAUUUUUUUCAAUUUUCCCUGUCCUUUAUUUAAUAAGUCCCAAGAAAUAAGUCGUCUCUGCUGCAUUCCAUGUUACACCGUCAGUUAGCCAUGUCAGGUGUGUCGUUGCUGAAGUAUCGAUGGCUUUUUUGUUUUUUGCUUGUACCCUUGUUAGCACCAUAUAGAUUUCCCCUCUUGAACAUAUUGGCUGUGCUGCGUUAACCUAACUGUUGUAAUAGAUAAUACUUGUAUUUAAAUAUGGCUGCGUAUUGCUUUUAAUAAACGUAUUGUACAUAGA